UCGUCAAUUUUCGUGUCAGGUGAUGUUGACGCAAAUCUGGAAAAUUAAGUAAGCGGUGAAACCAGUUGUGCGAAUGGCUAACGCGGCGCCCGGGGUUUUAUUUUCUGUGCUUUUCUAUGUUGUCUCCGCCGGACUGUCUUUGAACAACAAGGAGCCUUGUUAUGUCCCAACGCCGCGGAAAAAUGGCUUCGGAUUGAGGACCUCGCCUCGUCCUCACGAAUAUCUUAACAUCUCUGAUCUGCCCAAGUCGUGGGACUGGAGGAACGUCGGCGGGAUCAACUACGUCAGCACCACUCGCAAUCAGCACAUUCCUCAGUACUGCGGCUCAUGUUGGGCUCACGGCAGCACCAGCGCAAUGGCAGAUCGCAUCAAUAUUCAGCGGCAAGGGGCGUGGCCAUCCGCCUACCUUUCCGUGCAGCACGUGGUCGACUGCGGGGAAGCCGGCAGUUGCCACGGUGGGGAUCACGGUGCGGUGUGGGAGUACGCCAACACCCACGGCAUCCCGGACGAGACGUGCAACAACUACCAGGCCAAAGAUCAGCCGUGCAAGCCGUUCAACCAGUGCGGCACCUGCACCACGUUUGGCGUAUGCAACAUCGUGAAAAACUACACUUUGUGGAAGGUGGGCGAUUACGGCAUUGUCAGCGGGAGGGAGAAGAUGAUGGCGGAGAUCUACGCCAGAGGACCCAUCAGCUGCGGGAUCAUGGCGACAGACAAUCUGGACGCGUACAGCGGUGGUCUCUACUCUGAGUACAGGGAGAACGCCGUCGUGAACCACAUCGUGUCAGUGGCGGGGUGGGGAGUAGAGAACGGCGUGGAGUACUGGAUCGUAAGGAACUCCUGGGGAGAGCCGUGGGGUGAGAAGGGCUGGCUCAGGAUCGUCACAAGCACUUACAAGGGAGGAAGCGGGAGUUCCUACAACCUCGCACUGGAGACAGACUGUGCCUACGGAGACCCCAUCGUCCCGAAAGACUACUUUGUCUAGACGUAUCAGGACUCUGCGGAUUCAUUUUUUUUUUAAUCAUAACUGAAAAGGGAAUGUUGAAUUCUUUUUGUUUAAAGUCUAUUUUAAAUUUGCCAAAUGAAUGGCACCGAUUGAUUUUCAGAGAUGCACAGACUGUAGAACAGUCUUAUAUUGUAAAAUCUUAAAUCAGGUUUAGCGCAGACAAAGCAAAAUCCCCACGCAAUAGAAAACAAAGGCUGACAUCAAAAUCAAAUAUGCUUCACGUCUUCAAGUAAAAUAAUAAUAAUUAAAAAAAAAGCAUUUAGAAAUGCAUGCUGAACCACUGUCACGUUCUGCUGUUAUGCGAGUCCUACACACCUGAUUAAAAGUGUGCCUUACACGAGAAA